AUGUCAAAAGGGAAAUUUAAAAGCUCAAUAAAUAGCUCAAAGGCCAUAUCCUUGUUGGGUGAGAGCCGAGCAGGUGUUGCAACAUCUUUAUGGGGAAUUUUUUCUGAGUUUAAUAUUUCACCAGAUGAUCCUGAUACACUACAUAGUAAAGAGCAACUAAAUAUAUCUUCUCUUAACUCUUCUUUUGUCCCAAUAUUCACAAAUAUAUCUAAGAAGGAUUGUUUAACUCGGAUGAAGGGGCUUGUCGCACUUAAAGAGCAGCUUUAUCACUUAAUAGAGAAUCCUGACCCAGACAUGAAUUGGGAACCUGUUCUUUCUAACUUCACUUAUAUAUAUAUCAGAGUUGGCGUAUAUGAUUCAGAUGUAAAAAUAAGAAGACUUUCAAAUGAAUGUUUAUCUCUUUUACACAAGAUCGUUGGUGGAAAAAAGUUGGAAAAAUUCUGUACGCUCUUUUUUCCUGCACUUUGGCUUUCUUUUAAUGAUCCUAAACCCGAAGUUUCAAAAUCUGCUCUAGACUGCUUAGAAGGAUUAGUUGGGAAGGACAACCGAGCAAAAAUCGUCAGGCUGAUAAAAUUCUGUUCUUCAUCCAUGUUUGAUUUAUACGGCAGGCUAUUAAGUUGCAAUUUAAAGAAUAUUAAGAGUGAAUUGAAUGCAAAUGUUUCUUCGCUGCCGGAAGAGGAAGAACUAUUCGAUAGAAUGAUAUCCACUUCUAUUGCAUCCGUCAGAAAAUUUAUGGAAACUAUGCAAAGUGAAUCCUCUUGUUUGAUUUCUUUUCAGAUUGCACUUCAUUUAAUUUUCACAUCAUUCCCUCCAGAAAUCAAUCAAUUUAUUGAAAAUUCAGAUGGAAGUUUUUCUUGGAACACUUUAAAGAUGGGAACUUUAUGGACAUUUAUCUCAAAUAAUUACAGUAGUAUUAUCAGAAUAGAUGCCAUUCAACUCCUCACAUAUUCCAUGUCUAUCAUUCUAAACCAAUUAAAACUAAACCAUCCUGAAGCUUUGGAUAGAUUAUCUAACUACAUUCCAUCUGCCUCUAAAACUUUUGUUGAUGCUCUCAAAUGCUUAGGUGACACAGCUAAUUCAAAUGUUCAAGCUGUUUCUCCAAAACUGAUUUCUACUUUUUUAAAAUUAUUUCCCGAAAUUUGGCUUCAAGGCCCUAACAAACUGUUUGGUUCUCCAAUAAAGUACUUUACAAAAACCCUACUCAUAUGUUUAAGCAAUCCUAAUCAAAUUAGUUGUCACUCAUUAUUUUCUGAAUUGCCAUACAUCACAACAAAUAUCCCAUUUAAGAUCCUAUUAGAUGAAUUUUUGCAUUUCAAUAAUGAGAUCGGUCUCAUUAAUGAAAUUAUCAAUAAAACUGACUUUUACUUUAAAACAUUUAAUGAACUUAUGGUAUUUUUAUAUGAAAGUAUUCAAGAAAAUAGCUUGCCUUUACUGUGCUUGAUUCCUCUUGGUAUUAUUUUACACCUAGUCAAGUUUUCCACUGACUCUGAAGACGAUUCAACUACAAUAUCCUUAGGAACCCCUAACUCCACUUUGUUAAACUGCUCACUAGAAAGUUAUUACACAAUUCUUUUGCAUUUUUUGCACAAAAAGUUUACUACUAUUGAUGAAAGUCAAACCCAACUCAAAGAAUUUCUCAUUAAUUAUUACUCAAAGAUUAUUUGGAGUCCAAUCAUAUUUAUUCUAACCACUAAUAAAACUGUUUCUGGUUCUAUUAAUUCUAUAGCUCACUCAAAGGCACAAUUUAAAAUAAAUGAACAAUUCUCAAACAUGAUGAUAAAUUCUUUACAAUAUCACAGCUGGUCGAUUGAACAAUGCAGGGAGAGAAAUCUAAAUAAUUGUAUUUCUAACCUGAAUGACUUUUUGACAGGCUAUUGGACUAGAUUUUAUAUGGAUCAAUCAAAUAAGCACCAAAAUCUCAAAUUUGGGCCUUUAUUAAACCAAAAAUCAUACAGAAUUGUCAUUUUUCUGGAGUUGUGCUCGAUUCUCAACAAACAAGACUCAGAAUUUGUUGAUCAUGUCUUAUUAUGGCUAAAAGAUACAUCACAUGAAACAUUUGUAAAUAUUAAUAUUUUGGAUAACAAAAUUGAAGAAAAUGAAUACGAGAUUAUAACUUCAAGAUUGAAACUUAUUAACAAAGCUAUCAUAGAAGUGAUCUUUAAACCUAUUAAUUCCAAAGACAAUGAGAAAACCCAGCAAAUUAUUAAUUUAUUUUUGCAGAUAUUUACAGAUUUUAUACAGAUAUUGUCGAAAAGACCACUUGAAACUAACCAUAAGAGAAUUUACGCUAUCUACCAAAUUUUGGAAAAUAUAUUCACAACUUUUAUUUUUGCUUUAUUUCAAAAAGAACUUAAAUAUAAAUCUAUUUUAAAUGAAAUGGUCUCCAUUAUUGUUAGUAACACCAACUCACUGGAGUCCAUCACAUUAGAAUCUUUUCUGUAUAAGCAACUAUCAGAUAAAGAAACAUCUUUAUCCCAAUUUUUCUUAGAGGCAGUUUGCAAAGAUUUCCCAAAUGUUAAUUCAGAUGUUUUGGAUGAUAUUAACAAAAUAUUUACCUCUGCUCAUAAAUACGAAACUCAAACGGAUCAAAUAUAUAACAAAAAUAAAACAAGUAAUUUUACAAGUGAGAAAUCCUACAACUUGGAUUUUAAGGAAUGCUAUAUGAAUUUUUUUGUUGCAUUGAGCAAAACCUCACUCUUAAAUAUAUCAAGAUCUUUCUCAGAUUUUAUAAUGGUCUUAAUUAUCUCACAGCUCAACUCAUCCUUCAAAAAAAAAUCCGUCUCGGGUUCGAAUCUAAAAGAGGUAUCGCAGCUUGGAGAUUUAGUGACUAAUUUAAUGAAUAAUGCUAGUAUUAUUUCCGAGAACUUUAUUACCGAACUACUAUCUUCACUGAUAUACUCGGAUAAUGAUUUUUGGUUUGAAAACUCAAAGUCGAGAAAUGCUUUAAUCCCUAUAAUUGAUUCUAUUUUUUCUAAAAGCCAUGAAAUAAUUAAUUCAAAGUUCAGAGCUGAAGUAUCAAAGCUUGAAAGGAUUCUUCUUUUCGAUGUAUUUAAUAUUGGUGAUAAGAUAACUGGUAGAAAAAACAUAUCAAUCUAUAAGCUAGCUGUUUUAGUUGACAGGAACUCCAAUAAAGCUCUUGAAAUGACAAAUUCUUAUUCCAAAGAAAGUUAUGAAAAUGAAAUAUUGUUCAAAAAGCUUGCAAGGAUUAUGGAAUGUCUAAAUAAUUCGAUAACUAACCAAAGUGUGUGUUUACAGAGUGAUUUAUUUGAGACAGGCUUUAGAAUUCGGAGAUUCCUAAGAAUAUUUAAAGAAAUUGCAGAUUUUUCUACUUCGGAAUUAAACUCAAAUAACUUUGGUGAUGUUAAGGAGACAAAGAUUAGCUACUGGUUAAUAAUAUACACUAUUAAGCAUCUCUUUAUAUCGGAGGAAUCUAUUAAAUUAUUAAUAAAUUCGAGUGAACUCAGCUUAGACAAAGAGUUGAUUUUAACUUUAUUCAACUUUAGUGAAUUCAUACAUGAAGCUGAGGAAGUUAGCUCUUUAAUUAUAAAUUUUUCACGAUAUUUGGUCUCUAAGCAUAUUCAUCAAAUGCCUGAUUUUCAACAAAUCAGUAAUAGUGCCCAGUUUAUUCUUGGAGAAUAUAAUGAACCAGAAUCAAAAUUAAUUCUGAACUUAGGAACUGACUUCUUUGUUCAUCUAUUUGAGUUAAUGAAUGAUGACAAUAAUAUGAGAAAUGGAUACCUCUCAAUAAUGAUUGAUUAUUUGGAUUCUAAUAUUUUGGAAAGCAAUUCGACUUCUUUAUUUUUGGCAUUAAUUAAGAUCAAGCAACAAGGAGUUGAAUUACCAGAAAUAUAUUUCGAAUUGUCAAGUCGAAUUUUGGAUUUGUUUUAUACUGAAAUGAAAGAAUUGUCAGACUUCAAAGAGAAGAGCUACACGAAAAUAUCUAGGCUAAUACAUUGUACUAAAGCCAUUAUUAUUGAAGAAGGAGUUCAAAACGACAAGUUAGAAUUUGGAAUAUAUUCAACAAUGAAACUGAUAGAUGUUUUAACAGAGGAAUUGAUUAAUCUAGAUAUUUCUAAGUUUCUAAAUACAAAAGAAUUAUUUAGAUUUUGUGAUUUAAUGGCAGUCUUUAUUGAAUUAUUACAGGAAUAUUUAACAAUGUAUAUUCAAGGAAGAGAAAUUCAAGAUAAUAUAGAGGUUGAAUUUCAAUAUAAUAACUUGGAGUUAUCCAAGCUAAUGAUUAAGCUUUCUUCAACAAUUCACUAUUUAGUUGGGAAAAUCUUUGAAAUUUCAACAUCUGAAAUCAAUAAUGACCCUAAAAUAGCCAAAAGAUUGGACGAUUAUUCAAUGGCAAUUCAAUAUCUUGUUUUAAAUUCACUGAAGUUUUCCUGCAGUAUUUAUGAAAAGCUUAAGUUAUCUUCGGAAGAUGAGACAAUAUUGGAUGAGUUAAGAUUUACUAGCGUCACAAUUCAAUUGGAAACAAAUAUUCUAAGCACUUUUGACAAGUUUUUGGGGUUAAUUUCAACAGUUUUAAUGUCUAAAAAGAAUUAUGCAGUCGGUAUUGGUUUGAGAAUAUUUAUAGAGCAAAUGGUAGUAUUAAAAAACUCGGAGAAUGUUGGAAAAAUGUGGAUUUUGGCUGUGCUAAAAUCAAAAUUAGGUAAAAUUAAGGAGAAUGCUAUGGAAAUAUCAAAAUUAUUAACUACAAAUUCACUAAAGUUACAGUCUUUGGUAUUAAUGAUAUUGAAAGAGCAUAACUGGUAUGACACACAGUACGAAUAUCCUGAUUUAAACAAAGCCGUAACUAGUAUUGAGAAACUUAAUAAUUGUAUAAAAGAAUACUUAAUUUCUAAAAAUAAAGAUGGUGAUUUUAACGAAAUUGACGGCCAAGAACAAGAUCAAGAUGAAGAAGAUCAAUAUGAUUUUACAAAAGAGCCAAUUCAUUCUGGGAUAAAUCACUUUGAAUGCUUCAUUAGACCUGAAAGUAAGCCAUUAAUUUCAGAGUCUGACUCAGAAAACUUUGAAAGAGGGAUAGAAGUAAUCGCUUCUCAUUGGAGAAGACUUAUUGGGCCUUCUCUAGCUCAACAGUUAUUGGAAACAUACUUUAGUACAAUUAAUGUCAAUUAUUUUGAACAAAUGGAAAGUGAUUCUUCCACUAAUAUUUCUGGCCAUUCGAGCUAUUUGAAUUCAAUAUAUAUGGAUGUUUCACAAAGAUUAGGAUGUUGGAAUUUUAUUUUACCAAAAUUAAUUUCUGACGAUUUUGUAAUUUGUACUGAUAAAGAAAAUCCAAAUAUUAAGACAAUAGAAAAGAACUUGACACCAUGUAUUGAAUCGUUGUUGGAGUUGAACCCAGUAGUGAUUGGAGAAGCAAUCAUGGAAAAACAGAUAAAUCUAAGAUCUCAGACUAAUAAUGACUUUCUUCCUUCUAAUCUAGAAGAUGAGGAUACUUCAAUUUGCCAGGCAUUACAAUACUUUGUCAAAGGAAGGGACUAUUCCGAAUUCAUUCUAGAUGAGAUUGUUUUGAAAAAUACAACAUUUUUUGGCUUGAUGGAUCUUUUAGAUGCACGUGAAGGUUUAGAAAUUACUCAAACUAUUCGAAUGUCCUUAAUUCACGUUUUGGUUGAACUUGCUUUUCAAACAUUAGUGAUUUUAGAGGAUCAUAUCAAAUAUGAAGAGAUAAGCCAUUCCAUAGAGAAAUCCUCUGAAAAAACGAUAAAUCCGCGAACUAACUGGUUAGAUUUAUUCAAACACUCUUCAAACACUGAGAGACGUAGACUACUUACUGCUAAUCUCGAGGAAAUCACGGAAUUGAACCCAAACUCUAAUUCGGGAUCGAUUAUAUGGGACUCCAGUAACAUAUUUUUCACGUGGCUCCUAGCUACUAGGAUGAUUUUAUCUCUAACUACAUAUUUUCCAAGAAUACUACGUGAAAUAUGGCUAUGUAACUCUAACAACAAAACUCAAGCUAUUCUACAAAAAUUGGUUAUUAACUACUUUUCACCAAUAAUUAUCCCGAUAGAAUUCAAUCAUAUCCCUCUAAUUGUUGAAACAAUGUCAAACCCAGAUAGAAAAAUUACAUUUGACCAUAAUAUCUCAUCCAGGACAAUUAAAAUAAACUAUUCUGAACGUGGGUUUACCGCCACGCUCUCAUUUACUUUCUCAAAACAUCAUCCGCUUGUCAUUCCAAAAGUGAACAUUCCAAAUGUCAUCGGAGUAUCAAAAAAACAAAAUUCAAACUGGCUUAUUUCUGUUAUUAAAGCCGUAAGAUAUAAAAAUGUCGUUCACGCAAUUCUCACCUGGAUAAACAAUUUAUCGUUAUACUUAGAAGGCAUAGAAGAUUGCCUUAUUUGUUAUUCGAUUGUGCACCCCCAAUACAGGACACUACCAAGAAAAAGAUGUAAUACGUGUAACAAUAUAUUCCAUUCGGAAUGUAUUUAUAAAUGGUUUAGAACUUCCAACAAAACUACAUGCCCACUUUGCAUUUCUAUUAUGCAUUAA